CACCUAGUCUGCGGAAGUGGAGACCCGCGGGCAGGCGGCUGAGACAGCUGCACCAUGCGGCAUAUGGGAUCUUAGUUGCCUGACCAGGGAUCAGACGCAUGUCCUCUGCAUUGGAAGUAUGGAGUCUUAACUGCUGACCGCCAGAGAAGUCCCCCAAUACUAUAUUGAAUAAAAGUGGGGACUUAAAGUUGUGGAACCCUCAUUUGUGACAUCAGGUAUUUUUUGGUAAGCUGCCAGUUAUGACUCUGGAAGAUUGGGACUGAUAGGAAGCCCCUUCUAAGAUUUUAACAAAGUCCUCGAACAACAGCUAUACCAUGGAAAUAAAGCUGGAUCCCUCCCGAGAUGACCUGCCUCUCAUGGCCAACACCAGCCACAUACUUGUGAAGCACUAUGUACUGGAUUUAGAUGUGGAUUUCGAAAGUCAAAUCAUUGAGGGCACCAUAGUGCUUUUCUUCGAGUCUGGAAAUAGAUUCAAGAAACAGAGUAGUUCCACCGAGGAAACCUGCCGAUCAGAGUCAAAUGAAGCCUGCAAAUUUAGGACGCCUGAACCCUGCCAUAUUCCUGUGACAAAUACAAGAAUCUUCUCAUCUAAAAUGGGAUAUAGUGAUUUUGUAAUCUGUGGUAAAGGUGAAAAAGAUACUUCUGGUAAAGAUGGUAACCAUGACAACCAGGAACAGGCUUCUGGGAUUUCUAGCUCAAAGUACUGCUGUGACACAGGGAAUCAUGGGAGUGAGGAUUUUUUGCUAGUGUUGGACUGCUGUGAUUUAUCUGUGUUAAAGGUUGAGGAGGUGGAUGUUGCUGCUGUGCCAGGUAUUGAAAAAUUUACAAGGUCUCCCAAGCUCAGGAAUCAGAUUGUACGUGAACUCGUGGCUCUGCCUGCAGAUCGUUGGAGGGAGCAGUUAGACUAUUAUGCUUGCUGCAGCCAGGCUCCUGGUUGUGGGGAACUCCUGUUUGACAUUGACACUUGGAGCUUACAGAUCAGGAAGACAGGGACUCAGACAGCUACUGACUUUCCUCAUGCCAUAAGGAUACGGUACAGAACCAAACCCCAGGGGCGAUCAGUUACAUGGACCUCAGACCAGAGCGGCAGGCCAUGUGUUUAUACUGUGGGAUCUCCCAUAAACAACAGGGCCCUUUUUCCAUGCCAGGAGCCACCGGUUGCUAUGUCAACAUGGCAGGCUACAGUUCGAGCAGCUGCAUCUUUUGUUGUUUUAAUGAGUGGGGAAAAUUCUGCCAAGCCAACACAGCUUCGGGAAGGAUGCGCAAGUUGGCAUUACUAUGUAACCAUGCCAAUGCCAGCCUCCACCUUCACAAUUGCAGUGGGAUCCUGGACAGAAAUGAAGCCAGAGAUCUACUCAUCAGAUGAUCUGGCAACAGAGACAUCCUUCUCACCUUCCGAGGCUGACUUCAGGUAUGUUGGCAUUUGUGGUCACAUGGCAUACCCCUGCCGCUUCCAGAAUGCUUCUGCCACCACCCAGGAGAUCAUUCCCCAUCGGGUCUUUGCUCCGGUGUGCCUGAAGGGUGCCUGCCAAGAGACCCUUCUGCCGCUGAUCCCUCUGUGCCUCUCCGCAGCACACUCUGUCCUGGGAACACACCCGUUCUCCAGGCUGGAUGUACUCAUCGUCCCUGCCAACUUUCCAAGUCUGGGGAUGGCCAGCCCACACAUGGUCUUCCUCUCUCAGAGCACCUUGGCUGGAAUGAACCAUCUCUGCGGGACCCGUCUCUGCCAUGAAAUUGCUCACGCCUGGUUUGGCCUGGCUAUCGGGGCCCGAGACUGGACAGAGGAGUGGCUCAGUGAAGGGUUUGCCACUCACUUGGAAGAUGUAUUCUGGGCCAAGGCACAGCAGCAGCUGGCCCCCCACGAAGCCCAGGAGCAGCAGGAACUGAGGGCUUGCCUGCGCUGGCGUCGCCUCCAGGACGAGGUGCAGAACUCCCCAGAGGAGAUGCAGGUGUUGAGACCCAAUAAAGAGAAAACUGGCCAUGUGAGUGAUUCAGGAUCAUCUGUCAUCAAACAUGGGCUCAAUCCGGAGAAGGUCUUCAUGCAGGUUCAUUAUUUAAAGGGCUAUUUCCUUCUCCGGUUCCUUGCCAAAAGACUUGGAGAUGACACCUAUUUUUCAUUUUUAAGAAAGUUUGUGCACACAUUUCAUGGGCAGCUAAUUCUUUCCCAGGAUUUCCUUCAAAUGCUGUUGGAGAACAUCCCAGAAGAAAAAAGGCUUGAGUUGUCUGUUGAAAACAUCUUCCAAGACUGGCUGGAGAGUUCCGGUAUACCACAGGGGGAAAUGUCGGCCACCAGCCACCAUGAGCUCAUUCCUAAAAAGGAUGUGUUGCCUUCAGUUCAGGAAUGAGUGACACCUAUUAAAACUUAUUUGUUUGGCCCAAUCCUUCUGGGAGCGAAAAAGAAUAAAACCCUGUGUCCUAAACACGCAAAACAAAAUGAGUGGAAUAAGGCAGCACCUGGUGCUGGGAGGCAGUGCUUUCAACUCGUGUAUAUUAUAAUGAGCUUCUGUGGUUUCUAAGACAGUGGCUUCCAAACCAGGCCACUAGCUGAGUACAAAAAUCCCAGGAAACAAAGUUAAGGUUUGUCUGAUUCUAAAUAGCCAAGCCUUGCUCUUCUUGUUUUCGAUGGGGGUGAGGGGCGGGUAUCCCCCGAAGCCCUAGGCCAAGCUGUUGCAAGGCUCCCAGACAUUCUUAGUGGGGCCUGGAAGCUGGGAAGAGUUGGGAGCUCAAAGAGCAGAAUCCCGCAUUUCCUGGCCCAGAACAACAAGGCCACUGUGUUCAGCAGUUAACCCCGAGGGAAGAGAAAAGAAAGAGUCCUUAAUCGAGUGCCCAGAAGCAGGCGCACCCCACUAGGGCUGUAGCACUGGGACUGACCUGCAGGCUCCCAGGAGGCUCUGUAAUUUCCCCUGAAGGAGAAGAGGCUUUGCCACCAGCAGGAGGCUUUUGCUUUUCAUUAAAAGGGGGAGGGGUGCGUGGAAGGGAGAGAUUUGCCUCUGAGCGGUACAUUUUUUCCAAAGGCCUAGUUGCAUUAGUGACAGCUUACAGCAUAGACAAGAAUCUCCGCUAUAAACUGACGAAACCUGCUGUCAAAACACAGCCAGGUGCAAUGAGGCCAACCCGGCUAUAAAUUGUCUUUAAGACCCAACUGGUAUUUCCUUGGGUGCUUAACUGUUCAGUAAAAACAACAGCGUCAGACAGAAAAGACCCUGAUUUAGUGCACAUCUUUCCAUUGGUGAAUGAUCAGAAGGCAUCUUUUCAUCUCUUCACGAAUUUUCUGCCAUUAUUUAUGUGGUUGAUGGUGAUUUACCUGCUCACAGCCCUUUUCGCGCUCCUUGAGCGUUCCUUCUCGUUUCCACUUCAGUGAAAGACUCUGCGCCCUCUUGCUGCAGGAGCCUCACAGUGAAUGGGACACCUUGUUCUUUGUCCCUAUCAUUAUAAUAUAAAGUUACGGCUGUGUUUGGCCUGGAAUGACAACCAGAGCACUGAAAUUGUUCCCAUGCUCUUUGUUCUUGUUAAAAAUUUCUGUCCACCAGCAAUUGAAGUCAUUCACGACAAAAGAGUCACGUUCUACUGCUGAAGUUUUCAUUCCACAAGUUACAGAGGCUUUUUGUCUUCUCUAGGAAGGCUUGCCUUGGGGUUGGCCUCCAUUUCUCUUUUUGGCCACACCAAAUGGAAAUCAUUUUUUUUUUAAUGUGGAAAUAGCUUCAGCAGCUAUAAAAGUAAGCAUGAUCCCCAAAGAAGUAAAAGAAAUUGGAUCCAAACCUCUUUAAAGAAACACCCAACCCUAUAACCUUUGGCUUUGCAAACAGACCUAAAAUUGAUUGUACCGUUGGUAGUAUAGAUUAUUUCCUUUAUGACUUUUUUUCUUGUUAUAGGAGUAUUACAUACUGAAAUAUAAAAAAAAAAGUUUGUAAUAAGAAAAUAAAAAUGGCCCACAGAUAAUUUUUUGCUAGAAAUCCUUUCAGUCAUUUUUCUGGUCUCCCUUUUCAAAAAUAAAAGUAAUAUGUUCUCUGUAGCAAGUUCAAGCAAUAACAAAGUAUAAAACGUAAAAGCCCUUGCCCCUUUCAGUCUAACUCUGAAGAGAAAAUCUAUGCGUGCUAUGUGUCCUUCCACACAUUUUCUGUGCUAUACAUCAUGUAGAUGCAUAUCCUUUUUUAAUAAAAUUGGAUGGCUGCCCUGGUGGCACAGUGGUUAAGAAUUCGCCUGCCAGUCCCUCGCAUCAGGAAGCACGCACGAGCCUCCUUGAUAGCUUCCUCCACAAGAGGGCAGACAGCAGUAUCAAGCAGUAUCCGCAGUAUUUCGUCUUGUGGAACUGAAAACCACAGCUACAGAAGGUAGAGAAGAUGAAAAAGCAGAGGACUUUGUACCAGAUGAAGGGACAGGAUAAAACCCCAGAAAAACAACUAAAUGAAUAGGAGACAGGCACCCUUCCAGAAAAAGAAUUCAGAAGAAUGAUGGUGAAGAUGAUGCAGGACUUUGAAAAAAGACUGGAUGCAGAGAUCGAAAAGUUUACCAAAGAUCUAGAAGAAUUAAAGAGCAAACAAACAGAGAUUAUGCAACACAAGAACUGAAAUGAAAAAUACACUAGAAGGAACCAAUAGCAGAUUAACUGAGGCGAAUAAGUGACCUGGAAGACAGAAUGGUGAUAAGCACUGAUGCGGAAAAGAAUAAGAAAAAAGAAUGAAAAGAACUGAAGACAGCCUAAGAGACCUUUGGGACAAUGUUAAAUGCACCAACAUUCGCAUUAUAGGGGUCCCAGAAGGAGACGAGAGAGAGAAAGGACCCGAGAAAAUAUUGGAAGAGAUUAUAGUUGAAAACUUCCCUAACAUGGGAAAGGAAACAGCUACCCAAGUGCAGGAAGCGCAGAGAGUCCCAGGCAGGAUAAACCCAAGGAGAAACACACCAAGACAUAUAGUAGUCAAAUUGACAAAAAUUAAAGACAGAGAAAAGUCAUUAAAAGCAACAAGGGAAAAACGACAAAUAACAUACAAGGGACCUACCAUAAGGUUAACAGCUGAUUUUUCAGCAGAAACUCUGCAAGCCAGAAGGGAGUGACAUGAUAUAUUUAAAGUGCUGAAAGGGAAGAACCUACAACCAAGAAUACUCUGCCCAGCAAGGAUGUCAUUCAGAUUUGACGGAGAAAUCAAAAGCUUUACAGACAAGCAACAGCUAAGAGAAUUCAGCACCACCGAACCAGCCCUACAACAAAUGCUAAAGGAACUUCUCUAAGUGGGAAACAUAAGAGAAGAAAAUGACUUAACAAAAACAAAAACAAAAAAUUAAGAAAAUGGUAAUAGGAACAUACAUAUCAAUAAUUACCUUGAAUGUAGAUGGACUAAAUACCCCAACCAAAAGACAGACUGUCUGAACGGAUACAAAAACAAGACCCAUAUAUAUGCUGUCUACAAGGGACCCACUUCAGACCUAGGGACACAUACAGACGGAAAGUGAGGGGAUGGAAAAAGAUAUUCCAUGCAAAUGAAAAUCAAAAGAAAGCUAGAGUAGCAAUAGUCACAUCAGAUAAAAUAGACUUUAAAAUAAAAAAUGUUACAAGAGACAAGAAAGGACAUUACCUAAAGAUCAAGGGAUCCAUCCAAGAGGAGGAGAUAACAAUUAUAAAUAUAUAUGCACUCAAUAUAGGAGCACCUCAAUACAUAAGGCAAAUGCUAACAACUAUGAAAGAGGAAAUGCAAGGCAGAAAUAGAGACACAGAUGUAGAGAACAAGCACAUGGACACCAUGUGGGGAAAGCAGGGAAGGUUUGGGGGGGGUGAAUUGGGAGAUAGGGAUACCAAAUUGUACACUCUAAAUAUAUGCCGUUUACUGUCUGUUAACUGUAUCUCAAUAAAAGUUCUUAAAAAAAAAAAAGAAUCCGCCUGCCAAUGCAUGUGACAUGGGUUCGAGCCCUGAUCCAGGAAGAUCCCACAUGCCGCAGAGCAACUAAGCCUGUGUGCCACAACUACUGAGCCUGCGCUUUAGAGCCUGGGAGCCACAACUACUGAGCCUGCAUGCUGCAACUACUGAAAGCUGCACACAUAGAACCCGUGCUCCACAACAAGAGAAGCCACCGCAAUGAGAAGCCCACGCACCGCAAUGAAGAGUAGCCCCUGCUUUCCACAACUAGAGAAAGCCCGUGUGCAGCAACAAAGACCCAAUGCAAUUUCAUAUGCCUGUGAGGCCAGCCCUGCCUAUUGGCUACCUGACAAAUAUACUUGGAUAUUUAACGAGCAUAUCACAGUCAAUCUAUUUAAAACAAAACUCCUAAUUUACCCUUCUGCUUAAAAAAAGAUAAUCCUGUUUCUACUCAGGUUCUCUCCCCAUCUCAAUAAUUUGUACCAUUCACUCACCCAGUUACUCAGGCCAAAAAUCUGUGAUUCCUCUAGUUUUCUCAACCAGUCCUUCAGCAAGUCCCAUUGGCUCAAAAUACAUGCUCAAGCUUCCGGAAUCUAAAUUUCCAGUCUCAUAUCAUCAUCUCACAGAUAAUUUUUCGUUACAAGGAGGAAAGGUUCUUUUACAGUGGAGAAAUCUAGCAGUCACUACUUGAACCAAAUGAUUAAACUUAUUGUGGAUAAAAAUAUAAGACAAGUGUAAAAAUAUUUUUGAGGAUUAGAAAUGUCACAGGAAUAUAUUACUGAUUAUUAAAUUAAAAUUAAUUUUAUAAAACAGUAUGUUAUAACAGUAUGUUAUACUGCAUAAUCCUGUGUUUUUUAUUGUGGUAAAAUAUACAUAACAUAAAAUUUACCAUUUCAGCCAUUUUUAAGUAUAUGGUUCAGUGGCAUUAAGUGCCUUCCCAUUUUCCCAUCUUUAUAUGUGACUAUACAUAUUAUAUAGAGAGAAAAAUGGAAGAGCAUAGAAUCGUGUUAAAUACUGUUUAUGGAAGUGGAAAAAAAAAAAAAAGACCCAAUGCAGCCAAAAAUAAAGAUAUGAAAAAGAACAAUAAUAAAAUAAAUUUUAAAAAAAUUGGAAUCUUAUUAUCCAAACUUAAAGUUUUCAUUUAAAAAUAUAUCUUGGACUUCCCUGGUGGCACAGUGGUUAAGAAUCUGCCUGCCAAUGCAGGGGACACGGGUUUGAGCCCUGCUCUGGGAAGAUUCCACUUGCCACAGAGCAACUAAGCCCAUGAGCCACAACUUUUAAGCCCAUGGGCCGCAACUAUUGAAGCCCACACACCUAGGGCCCGUCCCCCACAACAAGAGAAGCCACUACAAUGAGGAGCCUGCACACCACAAUGCAGAGUAGCCCCCGCUCACCACAACUAGAGAAAGCCCAUGUGCCUCAACGAAGACCCAACACAGUCAAUAAAUAAAUAAAAUAAAUAAAUUUAUUAAAAAAAAAAUAUAUCUUAAGCAAUUUCCCGUAUCCCUUGAUAUAAUUCAAGAGCAAUGAUUUUUAAGUUACAUAGCUUUCUAAUGAGUGAUACCAUAAUUUAAUUUACUCAGACCCUCCCAUCUAUUGGAAUAGUACACAUUAUUUCUAAGGAAGUUGCCCAUUCUGCUAAUUUGACAGUUCUAUAAAUAGAUUUUGAUAUCUUUUCAUGUUUGCCCAAAGAUCUCCUCCACCCACCAGCCCAUAUGUACAUAUAUUCCAAUCUUCUUUUAAACAUUUAUAUGCAAGUACAUUAGAAAUAACUUUUCUCCCUCCAGUGCUUCUUCUCUACUUCAUUUUAGUUGUUACAGAACUCUCUGACUCCUCCCUGUCUUUGAUUUCCAGCCCAUAUUGCCUGAUAUCAUUAUGUACAUACUUACAAAAUUUAUAAUUUUCUUUCCUUUCCUAGCACCUCCUCUACUUUUUCAUUAUAUUUUGCUUGGAGUAUUGCAGUAGCUGCUUGCUUUUUUAGCUGCAAGCUGUCCCCCUUUCCAUCCAUCACCCACAUCAAUGCUAAGUGAAUCUUCCUCCAAACACAGUGUACAUCCCUCCUCACCAGAAAUUUUUUCCCCAUUUAGAACAAACUCUUUGGCCGGCUAUUUGAGGCUGUCAGCAGAACUGCCCCACGCUACCUGUUAACUUUAUUUUCCACCACUCCUAGGCAUAUGCCCAAUCAUAAUUAUCAGUCUCCAAAUAGUUAUGAGCUGAAUUUUAAUUUUAAUUUAAUCUAAAUUUAAAUUGAAAAUCUAAUAAUACAGUCAUGGUUUGGAACAAUUUGGGUAUAUGAAUGAAUGAAUCCACUUUUUCAACUGUCAAUUCUGUGAAAUCUGAACUCAGACCAAGCAUUUCUGAUUAAAAUUUAGUGUCCAGUUGAGAUAGACUUUGAAAACACAUCAGAUUUAGAAGACUUAGUACAAAAAAGUGAAGGUAAAAUAUCUCAUUAAAGCUUUUUAAAAUAUUUUUAAAAUAAAAUAUGUGUUGAUUAUAUUUUGGAUACAUUGUAACCCAAUGUAAAUAUGCCCAAUAAAAUAUAUAAUUAAAUUUUACACCCAAUAAAAUGUAUUAUUA